UCUUCCUAAGAUCACACAGAGUGUGUGCGCGCACAGGUUCACGUGUGGAUUCAUUGUAAUGGAUCGCUACAGAUAUUUCAUCUUUAACCAGAAAAAUAUGGUUGUGCUGGGGUUCUUGCAGAUAGCCUGUGCUGCAGUGUGUGUCAUCAGUGGAUUAAUGGAUGGCACCUUCAGAACAGAAUCAGCACUGAGUAAAACCAGAGCACCCGUCUGGGCUGGAAUGGUCAUGGGUGUUCCUGGAAUUCUGGCUUUAUUUUCUUCCCAGAAAAAAAAUCCAGUUCUUGUGAAUGCAAUGAUAGUAGCUUCUAUAUUUUCUUGUUUUGCCACCAUCAUUGUAGUUGUCUAUGCUUCCUUAACUUUAAGCUAUGGUGAAGAAGAUGAGAUGUUCACACAUGAGCCAGUUCAUGUUAUUCAUACGAAGUUUGUGCUUGAUAAACUUGUCAAAGGAGCCAACAUAGCAAUGUUAAUUGCAUCUACCUGCAGUGCUUUCAUUGUGCUAGUUAUUGCUUACAUGGGCUGCCGAAGUCUUCCACGUUGUUCAUGUUAUGACAAUGUAACUGGAAUGGAAUGGUUGCAACCUGCUGAGGAUCCGCAGCAGGCUGUGGAACUGGUUUGCACUAUGCAAAGUCAUGGGAACAGAAUCUUUAAUUCCCCAGUGCAGUUUCCAGAUCAAGACUUAGAUGCAGAGGAAGAACUAUCCAAACCACCUCCCUACAUCAGACUUGCUUGAAGAAUAACUAAGAAUUUUAAUGCUAAUAGACUGGAGAACUUACCUUAUAUUUUGCUAUUUUUUUUUAAGGCUUUUAAAAACAAAAUCUGUGCACUUUUUCAUGGAUUCUUUAAACAUGGAACUACUGAAUGCACAGAAAGUUCAGCAAAGAUGGCAGUGCAAUUGUCUACGCACUUGUGGAUGAAAAGAUCUUACAGGUUCUUAAACUGAUUUAGGUCUUGCACAGUUAAAAUACCUCAUCUCUUCUGGGAUGUAUGAACCAGUCUCCUGCAGCUUUUAUAUGAGAUCUAUAUUUUAAGACUAGAUGAUAAUGGAAUUUGUCUUGCAGCUUCAGUUUAGUAGUGCUAGCUUUGAGCAUUCAAAUGUGAAAUCAUAUUGACUGUUUUAAAAUGUUUGUUAAUGCAUCUACAUUUUCUCAAAUAUAACUUGUAUUUUUCUGCCUUUUAAACAAGUUAUACCAGAAUGAAGGAGCCACUUGUGGUUAGACAUAAUUUCUUUUACUUCUGUGGACUGCACUGGAUAUUCAGCCAUCUUCUUCCAUCUUUCUUGGGGAACAGGCUAAAACAUCUGGUAUUAAAACUUGAAGUGCCCCUGUCAAACUAUAGAUUCAGUUGUGUUUAAAAAAAAUCUUAUUUAUAUUUUAUCAAUGAACACCUAA